CCACGUUCCAGGGGUGCCUUAACGUCCCCCUAGAGACUCGGGGGCCCUCUCUGUUGGCUGAGGAGCUGAGGCAGAGCACCUUGGAGCUGCUGGAUUUCCCUCAGCAAGUCUGAUUAUAUCCUGACUCACCCUCCACCCCACCCCAGCCCUGGACAGUGGGUGGAGCAGUACACACGUUCCCAAGGGGUGCUGGGGGAUCAGCAGCCUGGGAUGAUUCUCACACCAUCAGCUUACAUUUCCCCAACCUCGGAAUGCCUCUCCUCCUUGUGGCCCAGAGUGGCUGCUGUAGCACCGGCCAUUGUGUCUAUAUCCCCACGGCAGGAAGGAGAAGGGAGGAGUACAGCCUACAGCCCUGGGCUGGAAGGAUUUCCCUGCAGGUCCGUGCCCCCACACGUGGCCCAGAGUGGCUGCUGUUGCACCACCCAUCAUGUAUACAUCCCCACGGCAGGAAGGAGAAGGGAGGAGUACAGCCUAUAGCCCUGGGCUGGAAGGAUUUCCCUGCAGGCUGCACAGGCGCACUGGCCCGAGAGCUGGCCCGCGAGUACCCUCGUCUCCAGGUGACCGUGUUUGACCUCCCGGACAUCGUCGAGCUGGCCGUCCACUUCCAGCCCGCCGGACCGCAGGCAGCGCAGAUCCACUUCGCAGCAGGUGACUUUUUCAGGGACCCCCUCCCCAGCGCUGAGCUGUAUGUCCUGUGCCGGAUCCUGCACAACUGGUCAGACGACAAAGUGCACAAGUUACUCAGCAAGGUCGCCGAGAGCUGCAAGCCAGGUGAGAGCCCGUCGUCACGUUCACUUUUUUUGUUAAGACGUAGAGUUUUGGGUUCAAGUUUUACCAGGAGGCCGGGCGCGGUGGCUCACACCUGUCAUCCCAGCACUUUGGGAGGCUGAGGCAGGCGGAUCACC